CUUGAUUGCAUUACCGCCACAUUUAUUUAAUUUUUUCGGCUAUUUAGCCUGGAUACUGCCAACGGGUAAAAUGAUACUGCGCGCGGUUAAUGAUGCUGCCUACGGUAUAGGGAAAAAAAUCCCCACGGCGGCGGGUACACAGAGGUUGAGACUAGGAUUAAAUAGGCCCUGGGUGACAAAUAAAAACAAAACAAGCUUCCGAGCUUUCAAACAAACAUGGCAGCCAGAGCUGCUGCUACUGCCACAGUUCGUGCUGUAAAACCAGGAAGAUUUAAACCGAGAAAGGCUGCAAUUACUUUGACAAGUGCAGCUGUUACCAAAGUGAAAGCAUUGUUGUCAGAAAGUCCAGAAUCUACGGCUUUAAGAAUAAGUGUACGUGAGAGAGGUUGUAAUGGUCUAUCUUACACCUUGAAUUAUGCUACAGAAAAACAAAAAUUCGACGAAAUAGUUCAACAAGAUGAUGUUCAGAUUCUUAUCGAUUCUAAAGCCCAAUUAUCAUUACUUGGUACUGAAAUGGACUUUACUGAAAGUAAAUUAACCAGCGAGUUUGUGUUCAAUAAUCCAAACAUUAAAGGGACUUGUGGAUGUGGUGAAAGCUUUCAUUUAUGAUGUUGAUACUUUGUGUUAUUUUGGCGCUUCAACAUUACAGAUUAUUGAUGUAUAUAUGGAGUGCAAUUUGUAUAUGAAUUUCUUUCAAACUGUAUAAUUUAAAAGAUGAUGUUGCUUUUUUAAUAAUGUAUUUUAAUUCGUAAGAA